AUGGGUGGUUCCACAAGCAAGCAAGACAAACCUAAUAUGAGAAGUGUCAAGAAGGAGACCUCGACUGAAAGGAGCAGAGGAAGAAGACACAUGAGAAGAGAGACGGAUGUGAGAGAGAAAGAGAUGUUUGAUAAACUUAGAGAGGCCGAGAGUGAGUGGGUGAAAGAGACAAAGAAGCUUAGAGAGAAAGUGAAGCGGCUAAGGAAGAAAGUGGAGGAGAAAGAGGAAGCAAAGACAACAACAACAGAGGAGAGAGAGUACUGGAAAUGGGUUGUUAAGGAGAUGUGUGUGGAGAAAGCAGUGAGAGAUGAAGCCAUUGAGAAAUGGAAACAACUCUAUUUAGCUAUCAAGAAUGAGCUUGAUCAUCUCAUCAUCCACACAACUUCUUUCUUUUCUGGAGAGGCAAUGAUGCAAAGGCAACUUGAAGGCAAAGAUGAAACAGAAGAAGUUAAGACAGUGGAGAAACUGAGAAAUGAAGUUAGAGUUAAGGAAGAUACAAUUGAGACAUUAAAAGAGAAAAUAGCUUUGAUGGAUAGAGAAAAGUAUGAGAAGGAAAGAGAGAUUGAUUUACUUAGACAGAGUUUGAGGAUUCUAGGAAGCAAGAAUAAUAAGAAGAAAGGAGCAUCGUUUGCAUCAAUGAAUCUAAUGAUUUUGAAGACCAAAUGUGUGGAAUGUACAUACACUUAA